AUGGCACGCAACUCUGGACGCAAAAGCAAGGCCGAGGAGGCUGUAGAGGAGGAGGUUGAGGACCAAGAGGAGGAGCAGGAGGGGGAAGAAGACGGCGAGUAUGAAAUCGAGGCAGUUGUUUUGUACAAGUCCGACGCUUUCAAGGACGUGCGUCCUUUCGAAGGCGGCUACAAGGUUAAGUGGAAGGGCUACGACGAGAAGGAUAACUCCUGGGUCCGGCCCUCUGACGCGCUUGGCGCAUGGGACCUCAUCGAGGAAUACUGGCAGAAGAGGGGCAAGAAGAACCCCCACGCGCACCUGAAGCCCGAACCUGAGGAAAACGAAGACGAGGAGAUGCAGGACGUUGAGGCGACACCCGAACCCGAGCCUGAACCCGCUCCAGCGCCGAAGAAACGUGGUCGUCCGAGCAAAGCGGCAAGCUCGCCCGAACGCCGCAAGUCGGAACCCACAGAGGAGUCUGAGCCCAAGAAGCGUGGACGCAAGAGUAACGGCGCGACCACGGCCAGCGCACCACCCACGAAGAAGGCCCGACGCACAAGUUCUCCAGCCCCUCCGGUAGUGACUGAGACGGUUGUUCACCCCACCAAGCUUGCCAACUGGAAGAACCGCGAGAAUUGGGAUAAUUCUAUCAUCGAGAUCACGACGAUCGAGCAUGACAAGGAAAAGCUCUACGUGUACUUCAAGCUUAAGGGCCUCAAAGACCCGUGCUCCGAACCGCUGGAAGUCUGCAGGAAGCGUUUCCCAACAAAGUUGCUCGACUUCUACGAGAAGAACCUUCGCUGGAGGUCCGUCGAGGGCUCUGAUGCGGAGGAUAACUAG